UUUUUCUUAGUUCACACAAUGACAACUAUUAUAUAUAAGGAUUUACCUCCUUUACGCCUAGACCAAGAGGAUGUUCCUGACUUUACAGAAUUUAACUUAGAUCCUUUCCAACUACACGGCACAGCACACUUACUUAUUCCCCACGGUCAUCGGGAAGCAACGCGUAUUUUUUCAUUGCGACUUCAACCUCGUCCUGGUACUCAAUUAGCCACUUCACUGAAACGUUUCCAAGACCAAUCAUAUUUCGAAUGUGGUCCUAACCAAGCUCAUCAAUGUCUGCCUCACCUUUCACUCUUGGGGAAAAUAGCUAUUGAUUGUGGUGCAAACUAUAGUACACGGUGGCAAGCAGUGGAUGUGCUUAUCAACAUGGUGGAUGAAGAAAUCAACAAGGCAUUACUUGCAGCAACAACAUCACGACAACUUCCUCCUCUUCCUACAUUUGGCGGUUAUUGUAUCAACAACAAGCCCACUCGGUCAGUCAGCAUGCGAGUAGCCGUCCCUCGACUCUAUACAGAAUUAGCUCAUAUUUUACAAAACAAUUUGAAACAAGAUAUAACAAGUACAACCAUACAACGGAUCCCUUUGGCAUACAACGUUCUUCGUUCGAUAUCUUCUGACGACGCGCAUUGUAUUCGGUCUCUUGCUAAUGAUUUGAUUAAUGUCAAGAAAUGGGUGAAUGGAAAAGAAUCAAGCUGGGAAUUGGCUUUACAAGAAAUCAUGUUGGAAAGUCAAGAUGUCGGUAAAACACAACAAGUGACAACUAUCAAGACAUGGUCUCUCCAU